GGCAGCGAAGGAGUUUGGAAGUUCAAAAUGGCCGCCGCGGCGGAGCCCGAGCUGCGAGCGCUCGAGGCCGAGGAUGCUGAUGCAUCAGAGAAAAGCAUAAACGAAGAAAAUGGGGAGGUAUCGGAGGCAGACCAACCUCAGAACAAGCACAGCCGACACAAAAAAAAGAAACACAAACACCGAAGUAAACACAAGAAACAUAAACAUUCUUCAGAGGAAGAUAAGGACAAAAAACAUAAACACAGACACAAACAUAAGAAACAUAAACGGAAAGAGGUAGCUGAUACCUCUGACAAAGAAGAUGGACCAGCUAAAAGAACUAAAAUUGAUUUUUUAGCUCCUCUGGAAGACUUGGAGAAACAAAGAGCGCUACUGAAAGCUGAACUUGAAAACGAAUUAAUGGAAGGAAAAGUCCAAUCUGGGAUGGGAUUAAUAUUACAAGGUUAUGAGUCAGGAUCUGAAGAGGAGGGGGAGAUUAAUGAAAAGGCACGAAAUGGCACAAGACCUACCGCUAAGUCAAACACUAAGGGGAAAUUGGAACCUGUGGACAAUAAAACUAGUUCCAAGAAGGCAAGCAAGAGUGAAUCUAAAGAAAGGACUAGGCACAGAUCUGACAAAAAGAAAGGUAAGGCAGGAGUUGAUGGAAUCAAAGAGAAGAUCACUAGAAGCAAGUCAAAAGAGAGGAGGAAAUCCAAAAGCCCUCAUAAGAGAAGUAAAUCUGAGGAUCAGACAAGGAAAUCCAGGUCUCCAACGCUUAAAAGGCGAUCUCAGGAGAAGAGCAGGAAGUCUAAAUCUCCCCCAGAGGAUAGAAAUAAGGCUGAUGAUAAAAGUAAAUCAAGAGAUCGCAGAAAGUCUCCUGUUGUAAAUGAAAACAAAAGCAGAGAUCGUGGCAGAAAAUCGAAAUCUCCAGCAGAACUAAGAAGCAAAUCCAAAGACAGAAGAUCACGGUCCAAAGAUAGAAAACCUAGGAGAUCAGAGACUGACAAAGAAAAAAAGCCAAUUAAAUCUCCUUCUAAAGAUGCUUCAUCAGGGAAAGAAAACAGGUCUCCAAGACGACCUGGCCGUAGCCCAAAAGGCAGAAGCUUAUCUCCCAAACAACGUGAAAAGUCAAGAAGAAGCAGAUCCCCUAUUUUCAAUGAUCGGAGAUCUAAACAGAGUAAAUCACCCUCUCGAACCCGCUCUCCAGUUAGAAGAGUGAGGAGUAGAUCUGCAGAAAGGAAAAGAAGAGAGUCAGAAAGGAGACGUCUUUCUUCUCCCAGAACGCGGACCAGAGAUGAUAUUUUGUCUAGACGGGAAAGAUCAAAAGAUGUGAGCCCACCCAGCAGGUGGUCCCCAUCCAGGAGAAGGUCACGGUCCCCCAUUAGAAGAAGGUCGCGUUCACCCCUUCGACGUAGCCGAUCCCCAAGAAGGCGGAGUAGGUCUCCUCGAAGGAGGGAUAGAAGCCGAAGGAGUAGAUCUCGCCUUCGAAGGAGGUCCAGGUCACGUGGUGGCCAUAGACGUAGGAGCAGGAGCAAAGUUAAAGAAGACAAAUUUAAAGGUAGUCUUUCUGAGGGUAUGAAAGCUGAACAGGAGUCUUCAUCAGAUGAAAAUCUUGAAGACUUUGAUUUGGAAGAAGAGGAUGAAGAAGCAGAGAUCAGACAAAGAAGAUUACAGCGGCAAGCAAUUGUUCAGAAAUACAAAGGCCAGACAGAAGACAGUAACAUAUCUGUGCCAUCUGAACCAAGCAGCCCUCAGAGCAGCACACGUAGCCGCUCCAAUUCACCAGAUGACAUCCUUGAAAGGGUAGCUGCUGAUGUUAAGGAGUAUGAACGGGAAAACGUGGACACGUUUGAGGCCUCAGUCAAAGCCAAGCACAACCUCAUGACAGUCGAACAAAACAGUGGUUCAGCUCAGAAGAAACUGCUAGCUCCUGAUAUGUUCACAGAAUCAGAUGAUAUGUUUGCUGCGUACUUUGAUAGUGCUCGUCUAAGGGCUGCUGGGUUUGGAAAGGACUUCAAAGAAAACCCCAAUCUCAGGGAUAACUGGACUGAUGCAGAGGGCUAUUACCGUGUUAACAUAGGUGAAGUUCUAGAUAAGCGUUACAAUGUCUAUGGGUACACUGGUCAGGGAGUCUUCAGUAACGUUGUACGGGCCAGGGACAUGGCCAGAGCCAACCAAGAAGUAGCAGUUAAAAUCAUCAGGAACAAUGAGCUUAUGCAAAAAACUGGCUUAAAAGAACUGGAGUUUUUGAAGAAGCUCAAUGAUGCAGAUCCCGAUGACAAGUUUCACUGUCUACGGUUGUUCAGGCAUUUCUACCACAAACAACAUCUCUGUCUGGUAUUUGAACCACUCAGUAUGAAUUUACGAGAGGUGUUGAAGAAGUACGGGAAAGAUGUUGGGCUCCAUAUUAAAGCUGUGCGUUCCUACAGCCAGCAGUUGUUCCUGGCUUUAAAACUUCUUAAGAGAUGCAAUAUCCUGCAUGCAGAUAUUAAACCAGAUAAUAUUCUGGUGAAUGAGUCUAAAACGAUACUCAAGCUUUGCGACUUUGGAUCAGCUUCUCAUGUGGCAGACAAUGACAUCACACCAUAUCUAGUCAGUAGAUUUUAUCGAGCUCCAGAAAUCAUUAUAGGAAAGAUCUAUGACUAUGGUAUAGAUAUGUGGUCUGUAGGCUGCACGUUGUAUGAACUUUAUACAGGAAAAAUCCUCUUUCCUGGCAAAACCAAUAACCACAUGUUGAAACUAGCCAUGGAUCUCAAAGGAAAGAUGCCAAACAAGAUGAUUCGAAAGGGUGUGUUCAAAGAUCAGCACUUUGAUCAAAAUCUCAACUUUAUGUAUAUAGAAGUAGAUAAAGUGACUGAAAGGGAGAAAGUAACUGUUAUGAGCACCAUUAAUCCAACCAAGGACCUGUUAGCAGACUUGAUUGGGUGCCAACGGCUCCCUGAAGACCAGCGCAAAAAAGUGCACCAGCUCAAGGACUUGUUGGACCAGAUUCUAAUGUUAGACCCAGCAAAACGCAUUAGCAUCAACCAGGCUCUGCAGCACCCCUUCAUCCAGGAGAAAAUAUGAACCAGCUGAAGAAGUUCAAAGGGUUUGAGUAAUUAAGAUACAAAGACUGGAGAAAUUUCACAGCAGUUAUUAAUGUAUAUAAAGAUAACUAUUUCCCCUGCAAGGUUGAGGAAGAAAUGAUACCUUUGAAUUAACACCAAGGCUGAUAUUUCUUUUAGAAAUGUUAGAGUAAUUCUGUUUCGUGUCUCCUGUGAAAAUUUUCACUGUAGAACUGUUUUAAUUGCCAAGA